UUAUCUAACCGAAAAUUUUGUAAUCAGUAAUCACAAAUUUCUCUCUAGACAAUUUGAAUUUAAAACUGUGUUUCGAAGUUAUUAUUGUGUUUAACUAUUUAUUAUCGCCAUAAUAAAUUUAUAUAAAUUAUUGGAAUUAUACCGAAGCGAGUCUGAUAGUCUGAUGGUGCACAUGUCCGAUAUCUUUUGCAGGUAUUGAUGAGGUACUGCCAUUGAUUGUAAUACCCCUAUACUACAUGACUAAAGAUUCAAGUUUCACCUUAAGGCCUGCAUCUGGCCCAUUCAAGAGCCCCAAAGAAAUAGUAAAAUUUUAUUAUAAUUUCGACGGAUGGCAAGAAGUUUUGCCAAAAACAGAUAAUACCUAUUCACCUGGAUCCAAAUACUACAAGUAUGAAGUGUCUCCAGGUAUACCUCUCAUACCAAACAUGUCAAGAUUACCUCUUAAAUCUUAUGAGAAAACUCCUCUGAAACAUGAUGUUUCUGAAGACCAAUCAUCUCAUAUCUUUAAUUCUAGUCACAUAAAAAAAAAAUUAUUUACAACUACAACUUAUAAACAUUAUAAAGUAACAAAUCACAACGAAACUGAAACAGAAAUCGAUGAAACCUCCUUUACUACUCAAAGAAAAGCUGUAACAUUUGUAAAAUACGUUUCUCAUUCAAUACAAUUAUUUAUUAAAUUUAUAAUUUCAUAUUUUAUUUCUAUUUCUACACUAUCAAAAAUACACGAGUCUGUAAUGGAGGUUGGCUCCAACAUAAUUAAUACUACUAUUCGGAAGAUAACUAAUUGGGUGCAUUUGGCCACUAUUACUUUAGUGCAUUAUGAAUUGGUUAUUAUCACGACUAUACGAACAAUUAUUUAUCGUUAUUUUGGACAUAUCAGAAUAAACAAUCUAUUUUUCAUGUUAAUUUCAGCAUUGAUAUUAUUUUUAACUGUUGGAGUUUUAAACUACUUGACACCUUUAGAAAUUCCAGUAUGGCGAGAUUCUUGGACACAUUUCCUUCUAUCACCGUUUAUUAAUAUACUCAAUUUGGUCACAUCAAUUUAUCAAGUAUUAUCUUCUACUGUGUAUUUUGUAUUGGAUUUAAUAACAGUGGUAUUUGCUUCAACAAUGGUUGCUUUAAAAUUAUUUGGGCAAUUAUUUUUUAAUGUAUAUCGUAAUAUUAAUAUUGUUGUGGAUUCGGCCACUAAAGCCCAUACUGUUCCUGUUGAACAAAAUCAAGAAUUUUUAGCUUUUGAUUAUAAUUUGUUGGCUAGAAAAAUUAUAGCUUCUGAAGAAUUUCAACAUGUACUUAUUAACCAAUUAAAUAUUUCGCAGUCAAAUUUAGUAAAAUUACAUGAUCAAGAAUUUCAAUAUUUGUUAAAAAACCAAUUAGAAAAGCUGAACUCUGAAAACUUGAAUUGGAUUAAUAACCAAUUAAACAGCCAAAAAAUUACACUAAACAAUGUUAAGAAUGAAAUUGCUGGGCGCGAUAAAGAAACUAUUCAAUUAAUGGAAAAGAAAAUUUCAGAACUACAAAAUAUUGUUUCAAACCUAGUCAAUAGCUUUGAGGACUACAAAUCUAAACCAGCCAUAUUAAAAACAAGUACCGAAUCUCUAUCAAAAGAAGCUUGUUCUAAAAAUGAUUGGAAUUCAAUUGUCAACUAUAUUGAACAGUAUGUCAACAUAACAAUGACAUCUACAUUAAGUGUUUAUGAUGCUGAUAAAACAGGGAUGGUUGAUUAUGCUUUAGAAUCUGCUGGUGCGACAGUACUAGGAACACGUUGUACACAAACCAAGCCCUCAACAGCAGCAAUAACUAUGUUUGGGAUACCUUUGUGGUUUAUUUCAAAUGGCCCGAGAAUAGCUAUUCAGCCUGGUGUCAACCCCGGUGAAUGUUGGGCAUUCAUUGGUGCUAAGGGUUUUUUAGUGUUGAAGCUAUCCAAAACCAUACAUGUAACUGGUUUUACCAUAGAACAUUUGCCAAAAUCACUAUCAGAAGAUGGUCAUAUUAGAUCUGCCCCAAAAGAUUUCAGUGUCUGGGGAUUGAAACAUGAAUCAGAUUCGGAUGGUAAACUAUUGGGUAAAUAUCAGUUUACCGUCGAUGGACCAAGCUUACAAUAUUUUGCUGCUAAGAGGACGGAUAAUAUAUACCCUAUAGUAGAAUUAAGAAUAGAAUCAAACCAUGGCCAUGAUGAGUAUACUUGUCUGUAUCGUGUCAGGGUUCACGGAGAUCUGGCGGUUGUUUAAUGGUACUUAAUGGAUGUAGUCAAAAUAUAUAUUUAUAAGUACAAAGUUAAAGAACUAUAAUUCUUUACUUAAUUGGUUACCACUAGCCUUCAGUUAAAACAAAAACAAAAAAAAUAAUAAUAUUAUUAUUUAUUUUUAUUACCAAAGAAUGAAACUUAAUUUUAAUUAAUUAUAUUCACCCCACUUCAAUUAAAAGCUUUUGUGUUAAAUAUAAUAAAUGUUUGAAUUAUUUUCACUUUAUUAUAUCAAUCAGAUAAAUGAUUUUUUUUUAAUUUUAUAUUUUCAUUUUUUGAUUAAAUAUUUUAAAGCCAUUCAAUUUUAUAUUUUUGCAUGAAUCAAAUGUAAAAUAUUAAAGUUAAAAUAUUUUUUAUGUUUAAAUGUAUAUUUAAUUUAAAUCACUAUUGUAGUAUUGUGUUAUGAGUAUGAUCAUAUUUUAUUUUGAAUUUUAAAUCUAUUGUUAAAUGUAAGAACAGAAUACUGAAUAUUUUUAUAAUAUUUAAAAAAAAAAAAAAAUGUGUAAUUGAGUUAGCAAAUUAUAAAGUCAAGUUAUAAUAAUUAUAAGAUUUGUA